CGGCGUUUUGCUUUCUCUCACUCUUGCGACCAAACGAUGAGUGAAGCAACUGCCCGAUACCUCCCGCACCUGGCCUACAUCCUCCCAUCGUUCAUCGCCGCGCUAUAUGCUCUUCGCUCGUUGCCGCUGCAUUCGAACGAGCUUCCUGCCGCGAUAGACCCUGGGCUGACUGACCUCCCAGUCGAUUCUCGCGUGCGCGUGCUCUAUCCGGAAGAUUGGACGAGCGGCGGAGGGUAUGCUACCUUACCCAUGGGAAGAGUUCGCUAUUGGAUAGUUGGUCCAAAGGAGGGCAAGAAAGUUGUCCUUGUCCACGGCCUCAACACCCCCGCAAUCGUUUUCUCGCGCAUCGUUCCGAUUCUUGUUGCUGGUGGCUUUCACGUCCUUGUCUAUGAUCUUUACGGCCGCGGUUACUCGGAUGCGCCACAAAAUGCACCGUACGACGCGAAUCUCUACGUAACUCAGCUUGCCCUUCUCCUGCAGUAUGUCCGCUGGGAGCGUACGCGUGUGCUUGGCUUCAGCAUGGGCGGCGCCAUUGCUGCCGCCUUUGUCGCGACGUUCCCACAUCUAGUGGAGAAAGAUGUCGUCCUAAUGGCCAGCGCGGGUGCUCUGGAGGUGCAGAUCCCCUUCUUUCUCUUCGCCAUCUUACAACAACUCCCACAGGGACCAGUGCCGUUCUCAGGAUACAGACAAUAUGCAUUCGUCCAGAACAGAAUCUUGAAACGGUUUCUUGGGACCAUGCCCAUCAAGACCUCUGCGGUAGAUGAGAAGCCGCAGAUAUCAGAGAUCAUCCCUCUCCAAGCCACCCAUCUUCCGGGCUAUCGUCGCGCUGUUGCUUCGUCUUUGCUGGAGGGCCCCAUCGUGCGCAUGCAUUGGGCAUUCAAGAGCAACAACUGGGCGGGGAAACGGGUGCUGUUUAUCCACGGCACGGUGGAUCGCACAGUCCCGCCAGCUCACUCCCUCAAACUGCGCGACUGGCUUGAGAGCGGUGCAAAGCCGGAGACGCGUGUGGUCGAUGUGCUCGGCGCAGGCCAUGACCUAACGCUCACGCAUUCGACACUUGUCGGGGCCGCUCUGACCGAGUUUUUCGGUGGAGAAGAUUGA